AUGGAUGCUUUGAAGGCCAAGAAUGCAUCACUCCUUGAAAAGGAAACAGCCCUUAACGAAAGAGAGAAGGAGCUAAGAGAAAAGCUGGAAGGAGUUGGCCAACUCCUUAUCGACGGAAACAGCAAGCUGAAGAGUUCAGUCAAAAGCAGUGAUAGAGCUGGCAUAAAUGCAGCGGAAGUCAUGAUAGAAACUGCUUCAGGGUUAGCACAGAAGCUUAAUGCAGAGAUAUCUGAGAUAAGAGAGAAGCAGAGAAAUGUCGAGUGUCAAAAGCGGAAGCUUAUUGAAAAAAGCUUAGGAGAAGUUCCUAUGAAGAAGGCCAGGGUGUGUGCCUCGGUACCAAAGCAAGCAUCAAAGAAGAAGAGAAAAAAGAAAUCCAAUGUUAAGACAACCACAGCGACCUAA